AUUUCUCAUUACUUCCAGGUGUUCCCAGGAGUUAUUCCAAGAUGAAAUCCUUCGUGCUGUGCUUGUUGGUGGCCGUGGCCGUGAGCGCCGCGCCGCAGCGGGAAGGCGCCGCCUACAGCAAGGAGGCGAUCAAACAGGCGCAGAGCACAUAUCUCAUCCCUAAGGAUGCUGUUAUUCAGAAGGUCGAAGAGGGCAUUGAACUAGCCGCCUACGAAUCCAUCCCCGGAAACCAAAAGAUCAAUCUCUUCGAAAUCCUCGGCGACCAGCUCCCCUCAGAGGUCAUCAACAACCUCCAGACGCAGGUCAACCACGUCGGACAACACUGAGUUAGAACAAUACUAGGAUAGGCUGCUGGCAACGGACAUACGAAGAAAAUAUAAUGGGAUACAAUCAAAUAUUCCUGAAAUGAGUACAAGUUUUAUAGUACAAAACUGCCUUCUGUAUUGAAUGGCAUUAUACUUUAAAAAAAAUAUUUAAAAGGAGAUUAAUCUCAAAUUGGAAAUGUUUAAGUACGCUAAUCGUAUUAAAGAAUCCUCAUAAAAUUUGAUGUCCGUUUCUAGUUUUACGGCCCCCACGGGCCAACUGUUGACUAAUAUUUAAUUUAUUGGUGAAGCAAGCACAGUGAAUGUGAUAUUACAUCUUUUAUACUUAGAUACAUUUGAAUUUUUAUAAUAAAUUAUAACGAAAUA